AUGGCAACGGAGACGACCUGGCCCGCCGCCAAGGUCCGCCAGACCUUUCUCGACUUCUUCGAGAAGAGGGGUCAUACCAUUGUCCCCUCGGGCUCUGUCGUCCCUCACAAUGACCCCACCUUGCUCUUCACCAACGCGGGCAUGAAUCAAUUCAAGCCAAUCUUCCUCGGCACCGUCGGCAAGACGGAUCCCAUGGCCAACCUCAAGCGUGCGGCCGAUACCCAAAAAGUCAUCCGCGCCGGCGGCAAGCACAACGACCUCGACGACGUUGGCAAGGACUCGUACCACCACACCUUUUUCGAGAUGCUCGGCAACUGGUCCUUUGGCGACUACUUCAAGAAGGAGGCUAUCGAGAUGGCCUGGGAGCUGCUUACCAAGGUCUACGGCAUCGACCCCGAGCGCCUCUAUGUCACAUACUUUGAGGGCAGCGCCGAGCUCGGCCUCGAGCCUGACCUCGAGGCCAAGGAGCUCUGGCACGACCUCGGCGUCCCCUACGACCGUAUACUGCCCGGCGACAUGAAGGACAACUUUUGGGAGAUGGGCGACCAGGGUCCCUGCGGUCCCUGCUCCGAGAUCCACUACGACAAAGUUGGCGGUCGCAACGCCGCCAGCCUCGUCAACAUGGACGACCCUAUGGUGGUGGAGAUUUGGAACCUCGUCUUUAUGCAGUUUGACCGACAAAAGGAUAGAAGCCUCAAGUCGCUUCCUGCUAAACACAUCGACACUGGUCUGGGCUACGAGCGUCUUGUUUCUGCCCUGCAAAACACCAUUUCCAACUACGCCACCGACUGCUUCACACCUCUCUUCCAGCACAUUGAGUCCGUCACUGGGGUCCGUCCAUACACCGACAAGUAUGGCAAGGACGAUAUUGAUGGCGUUGAUACUGCCUACCGUGUCGUUGCUGAUCACAUCCGAACACUCUCUUUCGCCAUCAUCGACGGCGCCGUGCCUAACUCUGACGGCCGCGGCUACGUUGUCCGCCGAGUCCUGCGCCGUGGUGUACGAUAUGCCCGCAAAUACUUGAAUGCCGAGAUUGGCUCCUUCUUCUCCAAGAUUCUCCCCGCUCUCGUUGAGCAGGUCGGUUCUCAGUUCCCUGACCUGAUCAAGAAACAAGAGGACAUCAAGGAGAUCCUCAACGAGGAAGAGGAGGCCUUUUCGCGCACUCUGGACCGUGGCGAAACCCAGUUUGAAAAGUAUGCUACCAAGGCUCUCAAGGACAAUGUCAAGAAGCUCGAUGGCGACGUAGUCUGGCGCCUGUACGACACGUUUGGUUUCCCCGUCGAUUUGACCAAACUCAUGGCCGAGGAGCGUGGUCUCGACAUUGAUGAGGCCGAGGUGGAAGUUGCCAAGGACAAGGCGCGCGAGGCCUCCAAGGCUGUCAAGGACGCUUCUGCCACUUUUGAAAAGCUUAAUGUUCAUCUGAUUGCUGAACUUGAGCAGCAGCACAAGCUUCCUCGCACCGAUGAUGAGGGCAAGUUUGUCAAGGGCGACAGCAAGGGCAACAUUCAAAUUAUUUUUGAUGGUAAAACUUUUCACAAGUCUACCAAGGACCUUCCUCCCAAGACCGCCGUUGGUUUGUUGCUCAACAAGACCAACUUUUACGCCGAGUCUGGUGGCCAGAUUGCCGACACUGGCCGCAUUAUCAUUGAUGACGUUGCCGAGUUCAAGGUCAUGGACGUCCAGAACUUUGGUGGAUACGUCCUGCACAGCGGCUACAUCGAGUACGGUGCUCUUUCCUCUGGGGAUGAGGUCAUUUGCGAGUAUGACGAGCUCCGCCGCUCGCCUAUCCGCAACAACCACUCCGGUACUCACGUUCUGAACCACGCCUUGAGAGAGGUUCUAGGCGAAGACAUUAACCAAAAGGGCUCUCUUGUCGACGACGAGAAGCUCCGAUUCGAUUUCUCACACAAGGCUCAGGUCAAGAUUGACGAGCUGAAGAAGAUUGAGGAUCUUUCAAACGCCUAUAUUCGCCAAAACGCCAAGGUUUACGCCAAGGACGUCGAUCUGGACCUCGCCCGCGAGAUUGAGGGUGUCCGCGCUGUUUUCGGCGAGACUUACCCUAACCCUGUCCGCGUUGUGUCGAUUGGCAUGGACAUUGAUACCAUGCUUGCUGAGCCCAAAAAGGCCGACUGGCGCAAGUACAGCGUCGAGUUCUGCGGUGGCACGCACGUCGAGCACACUGGUCUCCUCAAGGACCUGCUGAUUGUCGAAGAGAGCGGCAUCGCCAAGGGUAUCCGCCGCAUCAUAGCCUACACCGGUGAGGCCGCCCACAGAAUUCAGCGUGAGGCUGUCGAAUUCUCCAAAACGUUGGAUGCCCUCGACGCCCUUCCCUUUGGCCCCGAGAAGGAGGCCCAAGUCAAGACCGUCUCGCAGGAGCUGAGCAAGCUGGUCAUUUCCACCUUGACCAAGGAGGAAUUCAACCAGCGCUUCACCAAGAUUAGCACCUCGGUCAUCAACGAGCAGAAGAAGAAGCAAAAGGCCGAAUCCAAGACUGCCCUCGACACCGUCACCAAGUACUUUGAGGAUAACAAGGAGGCCAAGUGGUUCGUCGGUCGCCUGCCCAUUGGCGCCAAUGCCAAGGCUCUCGGCGAUGUGGUCAAGCACUUCCAGAGCAAGGAGAAGGAAAAGACUAUCUACCUGUUUGGUGGCAGUGAGGAAGCGGGCGGUGUCGUGCACAGCGUGUACAUCGGACAGCACCUCGCCGAGCAAGGCGUCACCGCCGAGCAGUGGGCUGCCAGCGUCUCCGAUGUCAUUGGAGGCCGCUCCGGCGGCAAAGAGCCCACCCGUGCGGGCCAGGGCACCAAACCGGAGAGCAUUGACGACGGUGUUGAGCAGGCCACCAAGUGGCUGAGCGAAAAGCUAAAGCUGUAA